AUGAGUCAAAUGUCCAGAGAAGAAAUUAACAUCAGACGACUUUUAACAAGAUGUGAAUUGAUGGCAAAGGAUGAUCCUCAUAAGGAUUGGAAACUUGAGAAGCAAACCAUCUAAAGAUAUUAUGAUGGGUUACAUUAAACGAAUAGAUUUCCUAAAGGGAUUGGUAAAUACAACUAAACUUAUAAACCCAGUGGACAGAGUUGCAGCUGUACAAAUGUUACCUAAAAGUUCUACAACAUUUACUGACUCAAUAGGUCCAAAUAUAACAACUCAAAUACAUCAAAAAACUUCAGCAAAAUAUAAUAGAGAAAUGCGUGUUGAAUUAUUUCAUAAUGAUAAAGGAACACUAGAAGAUGGUAUAAGACAAAGACUAGCUAGUACAAACAUACAAGAUGAUGAUUUGGAUGCAUUUUUAAAAUACAAUAGAAAUAUUCAAGAAAAAAUUGCUGAAAAUAUGCUUUCAAUGACUAGCAGCAUGAAAGAACAUGCUUUAGCAGCAAAUGCCAUUAUAAAAAAAGAUAUUGGUUUACUUGAAAAAUCUGAUAAAUUAACAGAUGUUAAUACAGCUAAAUUAAAAACAGAAUCAUUAAAAUUACAAGAACAUACACAAUCCCAUUGGAGGUGUUGGAUGUGGGUGAUGAUUGCAUUUGUUUUAGUUGUAUUUUUUAGUAAGUAUUAAUACAUAAUGUAUUAUAUUAUAAUAUUUUAAUAUGAUCUUAAUAUGAUAAUAUAAUUUUAUAAUUACUAAUUUUUAUAAAAUACUUGUAUCAAAUAUAAUAAGAAUUCAAUAUAUAAAAUUAUUUUUCAGAUAUGGUAUUAUUUAUAAAAGUUGCAAAGAAAAGAGUCUAA